AUGCCCUCCGACACCCUCCUCGAAGCCGCCUCCUCCAGCACAGACUACUACGCCCUCCUCUCCCUGACCCCCUCCGCCACACCCCCCGACAUCCGGCGCGCCUACCGCAAAACCGCCCCGCGCUACCACCCGGACAAGAACCCCGACGACCCCUCCGCAGGCGAGAAAUUCCACCAACUCACCAUCGCCUACGAAGUCCUCUACGACCCCGAGACCAAGGCGCUGUAUGACGCCAAGUAUGCGGCGCGCGCACAGGCGGAGAGGAAGAGGGAGGAGUUGGGCGGGAAAAGAAAGAGGGAUGUGGAGGAGUUGGAGAAGAGGGAGGGAGUGUUCAAGAGGAGGAGGCAGGGGGAGGUGCACGAGGAGGAGAGGAGGGAGAGGGAGUUUAGGCGGUUGGCGGAGGAGGGGAUGAGGAGGAGGAAGGCGAUGGAGGAGGAGAGGUGGAGAGUGGAGAGGGAGGGGGCGGAGAGUGCGGAGAAGACGGAGAAUGGAGAAGCUGCUGGAGUGGCCGGUAUCUUGCAUGAACAGCCAGCGUCUGUUGGCGGAGAGAACGUCCCAGGCAUCGACAGGACCAUCAAGGUACGGUGGGCCAGGGAGGGCAGAGGGGAGGCCAUGGACAAGACACGGCUUUCAGAGCUGUUCUCGAAGUUCGGCAAGAUAGAACAUGCGUUCCUGAAGAAAGACAGGAAGGAACGCAUCGGGGAGCGGCAAAAGAAGAAGCUGGUUGCGACAGGUAUUGUUGUCUACAGCUCCAUCGUGGGCGCGCACGCCGCUGUGCUUGAUGCGAAAAGCCAGCAGGGGCCAGAUUGGGAGGCUCUGGAGUCAGUAUCCUGGUUCGAGGGAAAGGAUCCCGAUUCUGGCCAACCUGGAACGUCACCAUCUGCGAAGGAGCAGUCUGCACCGUCAACACCAGCAUCCGCUGCGAAGUCAGAUGGUCGGCGAGCUUUCCCGGGUCUAGACAGCGCACCAACGACUCCAGUAUCGUCUUUCAAAUCCCGGGAAGGAGGCCUGAAGCCGAAAGCAUCGUUCGAAUCUUUCAGAUCCGCGAAAGCCAACACACCGCAAAGCUCGCCUUUCGGCAAGACAGCUGCGCAAAGCCCCAGCUUGGAGGAAAGCACCAUGAUGCGGCUGCUGAGUGCGCAAAGAAACGCUCAGAAGAAGCAAGCUGAGGAACAGAUCCGGGAGGAAGAGGCUGCUGCGGAAGCGGCGGAAGCGCAGUCAGUGACUGUUCCUUGA